UUCGAUUCUCCAACAGCUGUCCUCCGUAAAAGAGAUGGAGCCGAGGUCCUGGGUUCGAGUCCUGGUGGUGCUGGCGUGUGUCCUGGUCGCAGGUGGUUUGAGACCGAGGCAGACGAUCCGGGAUUACUACGAUCCCAUCAUGCACAUCCUGACGCUGAACUGCACCGUAGCGCGCGUGCGCGGGGAGGCCCGCCUCAGCUGGCACAGGAACAGCCAGUUAUCGGACGGACCAAAGAUAGAUGCCAGUGACUACACCGUGCUCGUGCACAAGAACGGGCGGAAGGAUAUCAGUGCCGUCAUCUCGGUGCCGCUACCCACCCGGGUGGACCCUGACGUCACGGACUACUUCAGCUGUGUGCUGAGGAAGGGGAAGCAGCAGGACGGACUCAUCGUCACCCCCAAGGCGCCGACAAAAGCCUUCCUGAUCGACCGUGACGGGAACUGGCGCAAUGAGGCGUUCUACGAGGGGACCGACCUGCGCCUGCGCUGUGGCACGGCGGAGACCAGACAGGGCGUUGGCUAUCACAUCGUUCCCACAGCAACUAUCACGUGGAGACGUGACGGUCGGCCACUCCCGAGAAGAGCCCGGACCAUCCCUGUAGAAGUGCCGAUCUCCGGCAGCGGGAGGCUGGUGCUGAAGAACAUCUCCAUGGAGGACAGCGGGGAGUACUCCUGCCACGCCAGGAAUGUGUUCGGGCAGGGCGAGGCCACCAGACAGGUCCGGGUCUUCAAACCAGGAGAGCCGCUCCAGGUGCAGACCAUGUCGCCGGUGUACGGACUGCUGGGACAGACCGUCACCCUCCCCUGCAGACACUGGAGCGUCUUCCCGUACGAGACGGAGACGCGCUGGUUCCAGCUGAACCAGACCAGCGGAGAGCUCGUCCCCGUGCUAGACUACAGCUACAGCACGGCCACGUGUCUGGCCGGGGAGCGGGGCGACUGUGACCGGGUCAGCGCUGUAGGUGUGACCGGGAGGCACUCGGGGGAAGGAUCUCUGCAGCUCCGAGACGCGCGGCUGUCUGACAGUGGGACGUACGUGUGUAGGGUGGAGUCUGGGACGGAGGACAGGCGGGUCAGUCUGGACGGGACCGUCCAACUGGCUGUCAGGUUACAGGGCUACACGGAUGAUAUCGUCAUAUCAGAGCAGUACAAUAACGAGACGCAGGACCUGAUGCUCGCCUGCUCCACGGCGUUCGGCCACCCCCGGCGCCAGCUGGCCUGGUUCAAGAACGGCAUCCCUGUCUUAGCUGGGCAGGUCAACGUCCGGGCGGACGGCUUCAUGGAGCGGGUCAGGGACCUAGUGGGGUUUCACUCCUUCCUGAAGGUGGAGAGGUUAACUCGAGGAGACGUGUACUCCUGCCAGGCCCCCCACCCACUCACGCAGGCCAUGAUGUCCACUUCAGUCACUAUAACUUCCCCUCUUGCCAAGGACAUCGAUGUCGUCCCUCACCCCAAACAGAACCCGACAGAGUUUGAGGAUUUGGCGCUGGAGUGCAAACUGCUGGUGAAAAUCUCCCCUCGACCCUACAUCCGGUGGGAGAGGGAGGGCGGGGCUCUUCCUUCCGGGGUGAACAUCCGGGAUGACGUGCUCCUGGUCCCCAACGCCAUGAUAGAGGAUGCCGGGAAGUACAAGUGUGAGGCUGAGAACAUCUUCGGCUCCGCCAAGGCCGAGGCGAUGGUUCAUGUACGGACUAGAGAAAAUAAGACGACUGAGUCUCUGUGUAACACUACGGCCAUAGCGGUGGAUGUGGCGCGGUGUCAGCGGAGGUUUAACCACACUCUGGAGGUUCUGUACAGAAUAGAACAGGAGGAACAUAGGUCACCCGCCAGGCUAUGCAGUAUUCACCAGGAGCUGCUCCUGUGUAUGAAGAGAGCUAUGGAGUUCUGCCCGACAUGGGAGACAUCUAUCGGAAUCUACAUGAACUCCACCGGUCCUGUAAAAGAAUAUUGUCAUAGCCCCAGCUCACAGGCAAGAGAGGAAAAUGUCUGGUCAAAAAUAUUUGUCUCAGUAAUUAUAUUUUUAGUAGUUUAUGUUUUUUAAUUACAUAUCCAAUUGCAUGUACAUUGUAGUUACUGUAUUAGUCUAGAACUCAGACUUGUGGCAAGGCCUGAUAGGAAAGUGAUAAUUAUCCCAGCCUUCAACUUCAAGAGCGAAUAGAUGUUGGACUAUGUCAGGCAUUUUUUUGACAAACUGUCUUUUAUACUUAGUGAAUUACUAAUCACUUCUGCCACCAGUCUGUCCGUUUAGAUUCUCUGUAAACAAACACGGGUGACUAUUCUUAACCUUCAUCAAUGUUCUCCAUGCAUUGUAGCUUGUAAAAAAUAAUGCUAUUAAAUGUUUAGGCUAUAGGGUGAAAUGAAAACAAUCAGUUAUACCUUGAUGUAUAUUAGGUCAAGUGUAUAUUUUCUAGUCUUUGUUUUUGCUAAGUCUUUUACCUACAAAUGUAAAUAUGAACAUAAAGGAACUUUUGGUCUAUUGCCCAUACAUGGAUGUUUUAGUCUAAUAUUUAUCUGUUUUGCAACUUCUAUUUUUUGCAGAUUCAAACUUCAUUUUUGUGCUUCCUGGUACAUUAUUGUUUCUCAUACUUUUCUCACUAUGAAAGUUUUAUUCUUCUGUAGAGAGUUGAAAAAAUGUGGUUCAUUCAUAGCAAUAUUUGAUGUCUCAAAGUCACAUUACUGUACAACUGAUUACAUUUGCACACUGAGAGCAGAAACAAAAUUUAAGACUUUGUAUUCAGCAUCAAGUAUUGGACAAUGGAGGUUAUUUUAUACAGAUUUCACGCAAAACAGUAUUAAGGGCUAUUGUACAUUGCUAGUCUGUGUGUUGGUAUACAUUUGUGAUGUCUGGUACUUAUAAUAAACAUGUCACAACAUGUCUGCAAGUAUGUUUGUGGAACAUAUGGCCAUUAGGACACAACAACAUAGCAAUAAACUAUGGUCAGUCCAGUGUUUUCCAUUGUUUAUUCAUUUUUCCAAACUCCAAGGACAUGACAGUUCUAGCAUCCCCAGGUCAGUCCUCCAGUUGCCUCAGAAUAUACAGUCUCUUAGAAAAAAAAUCUGACUUGGGACUCAAUUUUUCUAUCUAAACAAAAGUUACCAUCAUAAGGUCCUCAUUCAGUUUCUUCUCAAUUUAAACUUGAUCAUCAACAUGACUGCAAUAAACUUGAUCAACAUGACUGCAGAAAA